CUUGGAUUCCAGCAACUGUCCUUUCGCCGUUUAUUCGCAAUUCCUGUGCGAUCCGAUCUCUCUGAAACUCUUUCCCCUCUUUUCCCUCUGGUCCCUCUUGGCUCAUCUUCCCCCUCAUCCUCAUCAUGGCCUCUGCCCCGCCCGCCCCGCGGAAAACCUUCACCAUCGGAACGCGCAAGUCGAAGCUUGCUCUGUCGCAGACCGACCUGGUCCAGAAUGCACUGCAGGCAAUCUGGCCAGACCACACGUUCAACAUCCAUUCGCAGGAGACGGCCGGAGACCAGAAUACCACCAUCGCCCUCCGCGAUUUUACGACCAAGAACCUAUGGACGCAAGAGCUGGAGGAGCUGCUGAUCGCUGGAAAGGUGGACUUUAUUGUUCACUCCUUGAAAGAUGUGCCCACCCUCCUGCCCCCCACCUGCACCCUGGGCCCUACAUUGAAGCGCGAGGAUAGCAGAGAUGUUCUAGUGAUGAAGAAGGGCCUGCCGAACAUGAGUCUGGCGGACAUGCCCGCAGGGUCCGUGGUCGGAACUUCCUCGAUUCGCCGCACCGCCCAGCUGGCUCGACGAUACCCUCACCUGAAAAUCAUGGAUGUCCGUGGCAACAUCGGCACGCGGUUGGCUAAGCUGGAUGCGGAGGAUGGACCGUUCACGUGUAUUAUUCUGGCUGCCGCCGGUCUGCUCAGACUGGAUCUACAUGACCGCAUUUCCCAAUAUCUUGAUUCGAAGAACGGUGGAAUGCUGUAUGCCGUUGGACAGGGUGCCUUGGGUAUUGAGAUCCGGAAGGAUGACCAGGUCAUGCAUGAUAUGUUGAAGCAAAUCUGCGAUAUGGAUGCCACAUAUGCUUGCUGGGCCGAGCGAAGCUUGCUGCGAACCCUUGAAGGUGGCUGCAGUGCUCCGCUGGGUGUUGAAACCGAGUGGAUUCAGCUGCCCGACGGAUCCAAGAAACUGAGAAUGCGGUCUAUAGUUGUCAGCGUGGACGGCAAGGAAGAUGCGGAGGUUGAAAUUGAUGGCACCGUCGACUCGGCAGAGUCGGCAGAGGAGUUCGGUGUUUUAGUGGCCAAGGAGUUGGUGGCCAAGGGAGCAGGCAAGAUCUUGGAUGACAUUCAACGAAACAAGCAGACGUCUGCUUAAGUUGUUUAUACUACAGAACAUAUGAUUUCCUCAUCGACAACAUCGAAGGAGGUGCUGGUCUUCUCCCCGAUGUAUGUGAUCAGAGGGCCACGAUUUAGAUACAUACCUCUACAAGGGGAAAAAAAUGAACAUACUGUUCGAGGUCAUAGAUGACUGUCUAUCAUCUAUGCACUGGUUGAAUU